AUGUAUGCUCAACCGAGCAACGCCCGUGAUAGCAAAGCGCUGUUGACGCUGCUUGCUGUCUCCUACUCGGCAUUGUUCCGGUAUAUCUCGCGGAAUCCAUCAGGCCCUGCUAUUUUAAACAUUGGAGCCAUGUUGGCAGUCAAGAAGGAGGGGCUGAAGCUCAGCACGCUCAAGGCGGAGGACCAGGAGGCCCCUGCCAUUUCCGAGAGCUUUGAAGCAGACUCAGAGGCAACAGCGCCGUACGCUGCCAUCCCUGCAUCCACGCUCGUGCCCUUCCCACUGCUGCUGAGCGCAGAGGCCUACACCCCCUGGACCAUCCCCUUCCGCAGUGCCAAGGACCCUCCUGGCGCCGUCGAACACGACUUGCCACAGAAGCAGCAGCAUCAAGCCCUUCGAGUGCAUUCUUUUGCUGCUGCUGCUGCUGCUGCCACUGCUCGCCUCCUCUCACCCUCCUUUUCUUCACAGUGGAAGCGGGCAGCUGGUGACGAGUCUGUGGAGAACGCUGCUGAGAAGGCAAAGGUCUUUGAAGAGAAGUGA